AGGAAAGUGUGUUGGGAGAAGAGUUAGAAGUGCUGGAGUCAAUCUAUAUACAUGAGCUGACCGUGGACAGAGAUGAUAUGGGUCGACCGACACUGAUCAGCCUUGACCUUCACCCUGCCACUGGGGAUGACCUUGAGAAGCAGUAUGUCUGCAUGACCUUGAACAUCAUUCCAGGUUGUAAAUACCCUGACGAGCCUCCAGACAUAGAGAUUAGGAAUCCCCGAGGAAUCGGGGAGGAGGAUGUACAGAGGGUCACAGAGAGCAUGCAGCAGUUGGCUUUGGAGAGGAAGGGAAAUCCAAUGUUGUAUGAACUUACAGAGCUUGCUAAGGAAUGUUUGACUGAGGGUAACAUGCCCCACGGUCCGUGCACAAUAUGCCUGGAGCACUUCACAGAGGGAGAGCCAUUCACUAAGACAGACUGCUACCACUAUUACCAUCAGUACUGUUUGGCCAGGUACAUCCGUCAUGUGCUGGCUACACAGGAGGAAGAGGAACGGGAAGCAGCGCCAUCUGCAGGGGAGAAGGACGAGGAAAAAGAGGAGGGAGUGGUGUGCCCUGUAUGCAGGUUACCCAUCAGCUAUGAUUUGGCAUCUCUGGAGGAGGCUACAGAGCCCAGUUCAGGGAACACAGUCUACACACUGACACAGAAGGAGAAGGCCUUCCAGCAAAAGAUGGCUGAAAUGUAUCAGAGACAGAAGGACAAGGGAGGCAUCAUAGACCUGGAGGCAGAGAGAAACAAGUAUCUUGUCCCAGCGAACCUGUUGAUAUCACUAGAUAAGGGCCAAGAGCUCAAUGAUGUGGACAUUGGAGAAGGGAAAUUUUCCAGACCUGAAACAAGUGAUAGCAGAGAAUCUGUAAGAAACUCACAAAAGUCCAGGGAGCAGGCAGAGAAACGAGGGUACACCCACAGAGACCACCACAACAGGCACUACCGCUCUCACCCUCAGGAUAGGCAACACCGACAGAGGUACUGGGGUGGGAGAGAGGAUGGCCGGAGUCAUGGUAGAUAUGUAGAGGAAAGAGUGGAAAAAUCAGCCCAUAGGUAUGGGCAUAGACAGACAAAUAAGGAUGUACGCUGUGGUACCAGUGAUCAAGAGGAUAAGCAGGUUGGGCGGAGAGCCCACAGGGAUCAGCACUUCGUGACCAGUUCCCAAGGGACUGACGAAGAAGCUGGAAGACAUCUGAGAGGAGAGAAAGUUGAGGAGUCAGCAUCAGAACCUGACAGUAAGCAGUCCGAGAAAGGUAAAUGUUUUGAGACAAAGUCAGAGGGAGCGAAGGGAAGAAAUCUUGUAGAGAAAAGAGAGGAUGGAAGAAGACCAAAGGAAAACAAGAUGGAAAACUCAGCUUCGAGGUCAGGAAAUAGGGCUAAACAGCAUGGCUCAAGUUUACCCAUGGAUAGGAAAGAUCGGAAAAGUGGAGAAAACAAAGAGUCUAAGGAUACACGUGGGUACAGGAGAGACAAGAGGAAUCGUCCUUCUCCAAUGGAGUCCAAAGACAAGAGCAUUAAACCGGAAGAAGGGGAGAGUUCUGUAGAAGACACGAAGGGAGUUGAUAACUGUGAUAACUUCAAGACGGAAGAGGUUGAUUGCAAGGGGAGUAACUCUUUCCAAAAAUCAGAAGAGAUUGACGAACGGUUGAGUGAAGGUAGUGGUAGGAAUGAUGCAGAUACUAAUUGUGAUCAUGAUGCAGGGAAAUAUUCACUGAAUGAAAGAAGUAGGGAACAUGGUAGAGAGAUGAAUCCACAGAGAAUAUCUAGGGCUAGGAAUGAUAGAGGAUGGAAAGAUAAGCGUAAUUGGAGAAGUAAAACUACAAACUUUGAAAGAGAUAGACAGCACAGAAACUGGCAUGAUACUGAAAGUGAAAAUUUUGAGGAAAAAAUAUCCAGCGAAUUUCCUUUAAGUCAUCAUGAUCGCCAAAACCAAGAAAGCUCCAAACCAGAUGAGGUUUGUAAGCCAAGGUUUGGCAGUGGAAACAGGUAUAGGGGAAACAGUGGUGUUAGGGGCAGAGAAAGGCAGUCUUAUGUACGGCACCAGCAUGGAGACGGUCGUUAUCGUGAUGAUUUCAGGAAACAUGGUGGAAGGCAAGUGGGAAGUUCAGAGUACAGUCGGAGGGGUGGGAGGGGUGGAAGGGGUCGUGGACAUAGGAACAACGACACAACGAACAUUUCCACAACCAUCUCUGAUGCACAACAUCAAGGUGCUUGCAAGUGAUAUCAACCUUAGGGCUGAAAAAGAUUGUUCAAAGGCACACCGAACUGCAACUGGUGUUAGCAAUAACCAUAAGGAAUUGUAUUAUUAUCAAGUUGCUUCCAAGCAUUAUUAGCUGGAAGGGCCAUGGAAAAAGGCACAAGGAAUUACAACUGGUACAUCUUCCAUUGCCUUCGAUACAAACCGUUAAAUUUCGUGAUAUCAACCGUAUUGCGUUGAAGGAGCCGUGGACAGGUUCUUCUCCAGUGUAUAGGACGUUGGACGUCAAACCACAUCUUUUGAUCUCGGAUAUUGUGAUACACGUUACUUUGGAACUGGACUAUAUUUACAAUGUGAGUCCAUGUGUUUAGUUGUGUAUAUAAUUUACAGUGUCUUUCUCGGACAUAAAGACUUCUUGCCUGAGGAUGAAGUAUUUUGUUAUAAACCAAGAAGGAAACAUCACAGCAGGAGUCAUUUUUGACUUCAAUAUUGAGAUGGUAGAUCUGCGAUCUGUGAUUUGCGUUUGGACUGA